AUGAACGGAAACAUCAGCAGCAGCAGCAGCAACAAGAACAACCACAGAAAAAAACAAAAGCAACAGCAGCAACACCACCACCACCACCAUCAUCAGCAGCAGCAACAGCAACAGCAGCAGCAGCAGCAGCAGCAGCAGCAGCAUACGCUGGAAGCUAAUAUGUGUGUGGUUUCUGGCGGUAGUGUUGGGGGCCCCCGACGCAGGCGGAGAGGGGGGGGCCCCCCUCGCCGUUUGGUACCCAAAAGCUAUGUUAAAGGGAAACACACCAAAAGACACAGAUACACCCUGCAGCAGCAGCAGCAGCAGCAGCAACAGCAGCAGCAGCAGCAGCAGAAGCAGAAGCAGAAGCAAGGGCAGCAGCAGCAGCAGCAAGGGGAACAGCAGCAGAAGCAAAAGGAAAAGCAGCACAGAGAGAAAACGCAUAUAGCUACAGCAGAAUACGCAUGCACGCAGCAGCAGCAGCAGCAACCCCCCAUCCCCUUAAAACUGCAGCCCCAAAACUUGCAGCAGCAGCAGCAGGAACAGCAUGAACAGCAGCAGCACCAGGACCACCACCACCACCAGCAGCAGCAACAGCAGCAGCAACACCAGCAGCAGCAACGGCAACAGCAGCAACAGCAGCAGCAGCAGCAGCAGCAGCAGCAGCAGCAGCAGCAGCAGCAACAGCAACAGCAACACCAGCAGCAGCAACAGCAACAGCAGCAGCAGCAGCAGCAAGACAUACAAGGUGGCCGCAGCGUGUAA